UUCCUUCACACGUCCCAUCUCUUUCUUUGUUUCUCUCUCUCUCUCUCUCUCUCUUUGCCAUGGAAUCAGAUAGUCGGCGAUGAUUUCACCUCCGGUCGCCGAGUAAAUGGCAAAUGCAACUUCUUAAAAAAAGCUUAACCUGUGCUCGUCCUUCAAACGACGCCGUCUAAGCUACUCUCUACUUCUGUUCUCUUUUGCUUGCUCCUCCGCCGGUAACUAACUUUCUCCGGUGGUUUUGGAAGCUUCUAAUUCACUCUCUGUUUCCCACUCAACGACGUCGUUUUUAACUCUCCGAACUCUUUCUGUACUUUCUUCGAAUUCUGAGGUCCGAUCGUGUUCUUGAAAAAGAGUCUUUGCUCAGUUUCUGAUUCAAUAGAUCUCCGCCGUUCGAUUCGUUGCUCUAUGCGAAGCCAUUUUUACCAAGCUAUUACUAUAUAAGUACGUAGUUGAAAAUCUUGUAGUGAAAAAAAAAAAUAUAUUACUAAUAAAGAAGAAAAAAAUUUAAGAGUUGAAAUCUUGAAGAUUAAAGAAAAUAGAGUGAUGUUAGAUCUUAAUCUGAAUGUGGCCUCGGCCGAGUCGACUCAGGAAUACGACUCGGCUGCUUUCUUGGAGAAAUUUCCAGAAGGUUCAUCGGCGAACCAAAUGGACGAAUCGGGGACCUCCAACUCUUCUAUCGUCAAUGCCGAUGCGUGCGACGACGAGUCGUGCUCCACACGCGCCGCCGGUGACGUGUACACCUUCAACUUCGACAUACUCAAAGUCGUCGGCGGCGGCGGAGGAGCCGAAGAUGACGCCGUCACCGUCACCACGAAGGAGCUUUUCCCUGUCAGUACUGGUGGUGGACCUAACGGGGGGGAUUUGAUGAAUUGGCAAGGUCAGUCCUCUUCUUCUUCUUCCAAGAAGAGCUGGAUCGACCUCUCGUUCGAUCAGAGCGGUGCUGAGGUAAGAGCGGUUCAGCUUCAGCAGCAACCGCCACAACCACCGCCACAACAACCGCCGGUGAAGAAGAGUAGGAGAGGACCAAGGUCUCGGAGCUCUCAGUACCGAGGUGUCACUUUCUAUAGAAGGACUGGUCGAUGGGAGUCUCAUAUUUGGGAUUGUGGGAAGCAAGUGUAUUUGGGUGGAUUUGACACUGCUCAUGCUGCGGCUAGAGCCUAUGAUCGAGCUGCUAUCAAGUUCAGGGGAGUUGAAGCUGAUAUCAACUUCAAUCUCAGUGAUUAUGAGGAUGAUCUGAAACAGAUGAAGAAUUUGACAAAGGAAGAAUUUGUGCACAUACUACGUCGGCAGAGCACUGGGUUCUCGAGGGGGAGCUCGAAAUAUCGGGGAGUGACACUGCACAAAUGUGGCCGAUGGGAAGCUCGAAUGGGGCAGUUCCUUGGGAAAAAGUAUAUAUAUCUUGGGCUGUUCGACAGCGAAGUAGAAGCUGCAAGGGCUUAUGACAAGGCAGCUAUCAAAUGUAAUGGAAGGGAGGCGGUCACCAACUUUGAGCCAAGUACGUAUGAAGGGGAGAUGAUCUCUGAUGCCAGUAAUGAAGGUGGCAACCACAAUCUUGAUCUGAAUUUGGGGAUAUCUCCUCCACUUGGUAAUGGUUCCAAGGAGAAUGAAGGAUGCCUUCAGUUCCACUCUGACUCAUACAACGUGCAAAAUGGAAGGGGUUCUAGGAUGGAGAACCAUGCACAUGCAACAUUAUCUAGCUCACCUUUCAAAGGACUAGUAAUGGCGUCGGAGCGCCCUCCCAUGUGGAAUGCUGUCUAUCCUAAUUUCAUUCCCAAUGAGGAGAGAGCAACAGAGAAGAGAAUUGCGUUAGGUUCUUCACAUGGACUCCCCAAUUGGGCAUGGCAAAUGCAUGGCCAAGUCAGUGCUACCCCAAUGCCACUGUUCUCUACUGCAGCAUCAUCAGGAUUCUCGUUUUCGGCUACCCCUCCCUCCGCUGCCAUUCUUCCGUCAAAGCCUCCCAAUUCAACAGCCCACAAUCUCUUUCUUACUUCAUCAGCCACAGCUGCCACCAACACCUCUCAAUAUUAUUACCAGAUGAAGCAGUCUCAGGCACCACCCUAGCCUAUUGCCUCAAGGCAAUAUCAAGGGGCAAGCAUAGCAGCAAUUGUGGUCUUCGGGAUUCUUUGUAUGAUUCAAAUAGCGUUUUUUGACAUACGCAAAGAUUUGACGAUUACUUACGUCUCUCUCUGAUAGAUAAUUACGAUAUAUCGUGAAGAAAUACUAAUUCCUAUUGCUUUUACUGUCCAGCAAUUUGUUUGUAUUUGUCGUUGGAUUCGACGAAACUUUUUGUUUGCAAUUACGUUGUUACGAAUAAGAAUCCAGUUCAACGAGACAAUUGUCCCCUAA